GCCUGUAACUUUUCAAAAAUGUAACAAAGUUACAGGUGACUUUGUUACAGUUGGUGUUUGGGGGAGGAAAGUCACAGGUAACUUUCUCUCAACCUGUGACUUUCUUACAGGAGAAAGAGGCGAAAAUCUUACAGGCACUUGAGUCGUUUUUCAAGUUACCUGUAUCAAACGGUUGGAAAUUUUGAAAUGAAAAUCGUUGGCAAGAAUCGCACCUACAUUGAAUGAGCGUACCUACCUUCUCAGACGGAGUGAAGGCCUCCGUUUCCCUCUCCCAGUCUCAUUCUCCCUCUCCCAAUCUCCUUCUCCCUCUCCGAUCCAGCUUCAGCAGGGAUUACAUCUUCUAAGACCUUGAGUUUGUUCAAAAGUAACAGUUACUAAAGAGCAACAUAUGGGAAUUAGGGUGUGAUGAUUCAACAUGCAAACACAACCACCAGCAGCCUUGGAUAUUAAAGCUCCUCCGUCAGAGCAUCACAUGAUUAAGUAUGGAGAUUCGAGUGUUCCUUUAUCCUCUCCAAAAGACAUUGAUUCUCAAAUGCCUGUAAAAAGACAAACACGACAAUGGGCGGCAUGGACACAUCAAGAAGAGGAAAAAUUUUUCAAUGCAUUACGACUAGUUGGCAAGGCAUUUUCUAGAUCACUUGUAUUUUUGGUUGUUGAAGUCUUUACUAGUGUUUUCUUAAUGAACAUGGCAUUUGUUGUAUGCAGAAUUUUAACAAGAUCACAUGCCGUGUACAGAGCAAAAACAAAGAUCAGGUCAGACAUUAUUACUACCGUCUCGUAAGACGCAUGAACAAGCUGUUGGGUCCUGGAUUUAGCCUCGAUAUUAAAAAUACCAAAGAUACUAUUUCCGCAAUGCUUCGCUGGUGGUCUUUGCUUGAAAAAUAUAGUUGCACUUCAUCGAAGCUCCAUUUAAAGCCUCGGAGGUUUAAGAUAUUCGUGAAGGCUUUGGAGAACCAACUUUUGAAGGAUCGCAAGAAGACUCAGAAGAAACGACCUUCUCUGGGAGAAAAUUGUUCAUCAACACCUUCAACAGCUGUUCCACUUCUUAACAAAGCGGAGGGAAAUGAUGCACAUGCAGUGAAACUGCUCAUUGUUGAUGGCCAGAACAUUCAAAAGGUAGGAUGUGGAAAAGCAGCUUCAUUGAAGCGCAGUGCGGGUAUGAAUAUCAGUUGCAACAAAAGUGACUUAUCUUCUAUGAAAACUUCAAGGCAACGACGGAGAACAGUUUUUCUUGCAAUGAAGGAGCACCGACUUUUGAAGGAUUGCAAGAAGACUCAGAAGAAACAGACUCAGACUCAGAAGAAACAGACUCAGAAGAAACAGUCUCAGAAGAAACGACCUUCUCUGGGAGAAAAUUGUUCAUCAACACCUUCAACAGCUGUUCCACUUCUUAAUAAAGCAGAGGGAAAUGAUGCACAUGCAGUGAAACUGCUCAUUGUUGAUGGCCAGAACAUUCAAAAGGUAGGAUCUGGAAAAGCAGCUUCAUUGAAGCACAGUGUGAGUAUGAAUAUCAGUUGCAACAAAAGUGACUUAUCUUCUAUGAAAACUUCAAGGCAACGACGGAGAACAGGUAUUUAAAAAAAAAAAAAACUUCUCCUCUAUCAAAUAAUGAUUCUAACAUAGUGAUGUAUGUGGUUUUUCGUAUGUGCACUUAGUUUUCUUUAUUGUUUUCUAAUGGCCUCAUGUGAAAUUUCAUCAAUAUGCUAUCUUAUGUAUCUUCAUUUACUUGUCCUAAGAAUCCAUACAAGUGGACUCUUUGAUUUUGUGUCA